AUGGAUAACAAACAGCUUGCACAUUUUGUGGAAAGACAAGGCACGCCACUCAACACGCGGCCGGCGUCGCCGUAUACGUUAAAUCCUCCUGUGGAAGCCGAUGGACUGUCGUGGCCUACACCUGGGUCAAGAUCCCGCGCCGAAGAGACAGAAAAGGACACGCAGGAUCGUACAGACCGAAUCGCUGCUGCGAUGAAGGUCAUUUUGGCAGAGUUGGGGGAAGAUGUGACUCGCGAAGGCCUCCUGGACACUCCGCAAAGAUAUGCCAAGGCAAUGCUAUAUUUCACACAAGGCUAUCAGCACAACAUCAUAGAUGAUGUGAUCAAAAAUGCAGUUUUUGAAGAAGACCACGACGAGAUGGUGAUCGUGAGGGAUAUCGAGGUGUACUCGCUGUGCGAGCAUCACUUGGUGCCGUUUUUUGGGAAAGUGCAUAUUGGAUACAUCCCAAACAAGAAGGUUUUGGGACUCAGCAAGCUAGCACGUUUGGCUGAGAUGUACGCACGGCGGUUGCAGGUACAAGAAAGACUCACAAAGCAAAUUGCCAUGGCAUUGAGCGAGAUUCUAAAACCUCGUGGUGUAGCAGUAGUCAUGGAGGCACAACACAUGUGCAUGGUAUCGCGCGGAGUUCAGAAAACCGGGUCGUCUACAGUCACGUCGUGCAUGCUGGGCUGUUUCAGAGGUGCUCACAAGACGCGUGAGGAAUUCUUAAACUUGUUGGGCCGUCGCAACUGA